GUGUGUGAGAGAGAGAGAGAGAGGGAGAGAGUGUUCAGUCCGCUGUGGAUGGGGAUCAGCAGAGAGAAGCGAGGCUCCCACCCGACUCAACUCACUCUCCGAACCGCGCGCUGCAAAAUGGCGGCCGCUUCCUCCAUGCAGCCGCCCACAGCGCCCGCCGCCGUGAAGCGCCCCAAUUCCCCCGUGCCGGACUCGGAGGAAAUCCCCCAGAGCCGGCCGGAGGAAGACGGGUCUUCUGAGGACACCAUCCUCCGGGACAUGGCCGAGCUGGAGCCGGAGGAGACUGAAAGGAGGCUGGGGAAAACUCGGCGAGAACUGAGCAACAGGAGAAAGAUUGUCAUCAAGAACCUGCCGCAGGACACAACUAACCAGGAGGUGCAUGAUAUUCUACGCGAGUACGAGCUCAAGUACUGCUUUGUGGACCGGAACAAAGGAACAGCUUUUGUAACACUCCUAAAUGGCGACCAGGCUCAGGACGCCAUCCGCUCACUGCACCAGACGUCGGUGCGUGGUCGCGACAUCAGCGUCCAGCUGCAGCCCACUGACUCACUGCUGUGCGUCACCAACCUGCCUCAUACAUUCACGGGCACACAGUUCCAGGAACUGGUGCGCUCCUAUGGCAACAUCGAGCGCUGCUUCCUCGUCUACAGCGAGCUAACAGGCCACUCCAAGGGCUAUGGCUUUGUGGAGUACAUGAAGAAGGACUCGGCUUCCAGGGCUCGCUCGGAGCUGCUAGGUAAAGUGCAGGGUGACCGCUUGCUUAUGGUGCAGUGGAGUGACGUCAACCAGCUCAGCACGGCCCAGCAUAUCCACUCCAAGUGCCUGUGUGUGGAGCGGUUGCCCGUGGACUUUGACAGCUCUGAAGAGCUAGCACACAUCUUUUCUGAGCACUACAAACCCGUCUUCUGUCAGCUGGCGCAGGAUGAGGGCAGUGCUGUGCGGGGUUUUGCCGUGGUGGAGUACGAGACAGCAGAGCAGGCUGAGGCUGUGUUGCUGGAGAUGGACCGACACCUGAUCCAGGGCCAGGAGAUCCGCUUGUCGCUGUGCAGCCCCGGAACAUCUGGCCGCAGCACACUCGCUGCCCUCAUCGCUGCUCAGGGAGUGAUGCUGAGCAAUAAAAAGGGGUUGUUGCCCGAGCCUAAUUUGGCUCAGCUCCUAAACAGCAUGACCAAUCCAGCUGCUCUUCAGGUUCUUAUGAGACCAUACCACACUGGCAAGCGUGGAGGGAAGUUUCGUCCUCACAGUGUUCCUUUUCUCCGACCACCACUGACAGCUGCGCUGCUUCAGCUAGGAAAAGCACAGCAGAACGCCAUGCUGGGGAACGGGCUCGUUCUGCAGAACCUUCUCCACAUGCACAUGGCACAGCAGCAGCUCCUGCACAUCAAGGACAAGCACAUCACUAAUGUGAGGAUUCCCAGUCUUUUAGGUGACCCCUCCCGUUUGCUUCUCCAUAAAGUCUUGUCUCUGCGAGCUGCAGCCCCGGUGCCGGUGGUGAAAGGGCUGAUUGGAGAUCCCCCCACUGACUCGACUCAGGAGGCUGGAGGGUCCGGAGCAGGCCGCGCUCACAUGAGCCCCGGGGAUCAGAAUGGUGUUGUAGCCCCAGACAAACAGCCAGCAGUGUCGGCUCACUCCCUCAGCCAGACACACGGCUUCAGUUCUGGGUCAAGCAGAUCAGCGCUGAGCUCCAAAGUGCUGGUUAAUCACAACAGCACUGCAUCAGAGAACUGCACGCUCACAACACAAACCAGCUGCCAGAUGUCUCUGCUGGGAGAGCCGCCCAAAGAGGUGAAACUGCCCUCCAACCCUUACUUAAACAUGGCCAGUGUCUUACCUGGAAUGGUGCUGCAAGCUCCAUGUAGCAGCACCACUAAAGGCCAGGCAGUCAGUGGGACCUAUACCUCGGUUCUGCCUCCUGCUUCCCUCCCAACCACCCAGUACAGCACUGAGUGCACCGCCUCCGAAUACACGAACCAGUACAAUCAGCAAUACUCACAGGAGGCCAUGCAGCAGUGGUACCAACAUUAUCAGGCACAGGGCUACAGUAACACUAACCAGGAGAGUACUGCAGCGACAGAGUACAACAAGGAACAAGCUCAGGCUGUGGUCACGUCUUCAUAUGGAGACUACACUUCUUACAUGCAGGCUGUCACUCAGUACUAUUCUCAGACUCAGAUAAGCCAAGCUGCUGCACCCGGAUACCAGCAGAGAGACCUCAGCAAGGAGCUGGAGGUCAUAAAGCCACCCAUGGUUUCACCUCUGACUCUGAAUGGUGCUGCCCCGCCCAUCCUGCCCACCUACAGUGCCCUGCCAAUCAUGCCUGGCUUCAUCACCCCUACACACGCUCACGCACCGAGCGCCGUCACACACACACACAGUGCGCACAGCAUGACAGACUGGAGCCAGUAUUACUAUGCUCGAGGACAGAAGCGAGAAUAUCCCACGCUGGCAGUACAGGAAGUGACGUCAGAGGGGCCUUACGUAGGCCAGCACUCGCAGGGUCUGGGUGGCCAAUAUGCUGACUACUUCAAAAAGAAGAGGAUUUAGAACACACACACACACACACACAAUAUUACAGAGUGUUUUUGUAGUGCAUUGUUGUUGUCCAGUCGAAGCCUUAACUCUGCACUCUGUGUGUAAGAGUGCUGACAUUUAACGUGUGCGAACGUUAAAGGUCUGGAUGUUCUCAGGCCUGUUUUAUUCUGGGCUGCAGACCAGGCGCCUUUUUUGUAACUCACACACACACACACACACACACACACACACAAAGGCCAGUGUAACAAGAGGCCGCUGUGCUUUAAUAAUAGUGAACCGUUCUGACUUUGCUCUUCUUAUCACCUUGUCUUUCCCCCAGAUGAAGCACUUCGCUGCUCCUGGGCGUGCACGUGUGUGUGUUGUGUGUGCAAGAGGUUAAGGGCUGAAAAAGACAGAGCUGUCCUCAGAGGAUUCGCCUUUCAAAAUGGAUGUCGCUUCAAAUAGUUAGACCUGUUUGGUACAGAUGUACAAAUGUGAUCUAUUGUAAAUACUUCUCUCUCUCAGUCUGUUCUGGUUAACAAAGGGGCCAAAAAUUCACAAACACACGGCUCUACUAGGGUCAGAAACGAAAAGUUCUCUGGGCUGUUCGGGUUUCUAGGAAUGAUUUCUGUACAGAAAUAUGUAUUAAUAUCACAAUGUUCACUUUUACAGUUGUGUGCAAAAGUUUGGGCAUCCCUCGCUACACAAAUGUUAUUGAUUUAUUUUUUUGAAGUAAACACAAACUCUGUAGCAAGCAAAUUAUUUCAAUCACAUUCUGCAAAGGUUAAUGCACAUUUACUUUAUAUUUGAUGAUUUUAAAAAAAUUGAAUAGUAAUUGUGGUAUACAGGUUUGGACUAUCUACUAAAGCAACACCCCAUUUGGCAGCCAGCACAGUUUACAAACACUUUUUGUCACCAGCUGGUGGUCUUUCUGUUCUUACUGUUGGAAUUUUCACCCACUCUUCCUUGCAGAACUCUUCUACGUCUGAGAUAUGCUUGGGCCAUGUUGCUUGCACGGCAUGUUGAAGAUCUUCCCACAGCUUUUCAAUGAUCGAAGAGAUACAUACGCUUCAGUUUGCAUUUCUUGAAGAAGGUCAUGGUUGUACAUUUUGGAUCUUUGUUUUCUUUGCAGAGAUUUACUGGAAUCCGUUCUUCCAUCUACAUUCACAAUGUUUCCUGUGCUACGCAACACCAAACCAUAAGAGAUCCACCCUAGUGCUUAAUAAUGCUUGUGAUUUGUUUCCAAAAUGCCUCUGACAUAUCAUUAUGUUGUUUUGCGUACUUCAGACCUUCACUUUUGCAGCGAGGUCACAGGUAAGGUUUCUGAUGACUCUUCCGUGCAGAUCAUGUUUGUCCAAGUUAUUUCAUGCAUUUCUUCCCAGAAUAUGGGCAGCCCUUUCUAAAAGGUGUCGUCUUCUAACAGAUCUUACCUUGACUUCCUUUUAACUGACAUUGCUUUUGGACAUGUCAGUAGAACUUGGAGCUGGAAGCACUGUGCUCUCAUUGUACAGUAUAUCGGCAUCAAUUCGAUUCAUUUUCAAAUUCUCAGUCAGCCGCUUAGAGCAGCCCGUGGUUAUUGAGUGUUAGCACAAGGAUCGAAGAAUCAGAGGAUUUAUUAUUAAUGAGUCAGUUAAUGAGUCCAGUAAGUUCUGACAGGGGCGUAGCUAGGAUUUUUCAAAGGGGGGUGCGUGUCACACACUGACUGGCAGCCUGAGUACAUAUCCGCAGGUUUGUAAAUGAAAAAAUAUAUUGAAUACAUUUGAGAAACUAGCGCGGUCUUUGCAUCGUUCUUUCAUCUCAUGUUGCGAGCUGUUGAGAUGUCGGACAAUGAUUAGGCCAAAUCAGCUUUAUCCGGCAGUGUAUGGAUAGCGGCUCGACAUCUUACCCUAGUCAACCGAUUCAGAUCUCUCUAUUCUUGUUGUCUUACUGCCAGUGGUGUGCACAGACAUUUUGGGGGGCAAGUGCUCUGGGGGGAAAAAAGGGCACUUUUUUGCGCAUGUGGAACACCUUAUUAUAAAAGUCUGAGAUUUAACCCUCCUCUUGUGUUCAGGUCGCCACUGACCCGUUUUAGUUUUUAAAGGUGUAAAACAACCACUUAAUGUUAAUUUAUUACAUCAAGGCUUUUUGACUUUGCCAGGAAUCUCUAGUUGAACAAAAUAGAAAAAGAAAUUUUUGUUUUCCUAAAUCUGAAAAUGGUCUAGCAAAAAAUAUAAUACUUAUGUGCAGUUGUUUCUGUAUGCGACGGGCUACUUCACGACAAAAUAAUUACAGCUUGGGCUUAGAGGGCAAACAAUACAUUUUCACUCGAUUCAUGUGUUACCUGGCUGGUGGGGCAGGGGAAGAGCUGACUGACUGCCCGAUGUGUUGUCUGCGCUACGACAAGGCCGUGGCUUCCAGGACGCUAUGCUGCUGCAACCUCACAUUGAAUGCACUGCACGCUUGUUCACGUGACAGAGCAAGAGAGACAGAGGUCCGGUGUGUGCGGAGGGGGCACACAUCGGGACAUUAUUUUCACACGCUUUUAAUGCCGCGGCUUUUCUAAAAGAUCAUGUCGACAUUGGCCUCAGUAAACUGUAAAAAAAAAAAAAAAAAAUUCAAAAGGGCACUUUUUUGGGGGGGCGUCAUGGCUCAGGUGGAUAAGGCGCCAUACCAUAAAUCCGGGGACCCGGGUUCGAUUCCGACCUGAGGUCAUUUCCCGAUCCCUCCCCGUCUCUCUUUCCCACUCAUUUCCUGUCUCUACACUGUCCUAUCCAAUAAAGGUGCAAAAAGCCCAAAAAAUAUCUUUAAAAAAAAAAAAAAGGCACUUUUUUGGACAGAGGGCAGAGGGGCAGGUGCUUGAGCACCACCUCAUGUCUAUCUGUGCACGCCACUGCUUACUGCUCAUCGACCAAAAUGUUUCUAAGUAAAAGGCGUCAAUGUCGAUCGCUCUGCCAUAGUGCAUUCUUCCACGUUUUCUUGAUGUUGUGUUCUAGAAACGGCACACGAAAACUAGCUUCAAAGCCACAAAAUGCAACUUUGAUGGAAAAAAAUCUAUAAUAAAUUGCUUACCUCUCUUCACGUCGAAAGAAGGAGGAAAGUUUCGCUUGUUUUGACAUGGCGAAUUAUUAACACGAGGAAAUACUCGCAAUAAUUUGCAACUAAAAAGACUGCAGCUGGGCGGCAUGGUGGUGUAGUGGUUAGCGCUGUCGCCUCACAGCAAGAAGGUCCGGGUUCGAGCCCCGUGGCCGGCGAGGGCCUUUCUGUGCGGAGUUUGCAUGUUCUCCCCAUGUCCGCGUGGGUUUCCUCCGGGUGCUCCGGUUUCCCCCACAGUCCAGAGACAUGCAGGUUAGGUUAACUGGUGACUCUAAAUUGACCGUAGGUGUGAAUGUGAGUGUGAAUGGUUGUCUGUGUCUAUGUGUCAGCC